AUGUCGACUGAGUUCAUGGCGCUCCAAAAACAGGGUACAUGGUGCCUUACCUCUCCACCACCGAACACACCUAUACUUGGCUGCCGGUGGACUUACAAGACAAAGCACAAUCCCGAUGGCAGCAUUGCCCGCUAUAAAGCCAGACUGGUUGCUCAAGGUUUCACCCAACAGAAAGGGAUCAACUAUCAGCAAACCUUCAGCCCCGUGGCCAAAAUGCCCACUAUUCAGGUGCUGCUCAUCAUCUCUCUUCAUCGUGGCUGGCCCAUCUAUCAGCUGGACAUCAACAAUGCCUUUCUUCAUGGAGACCUCUAA